UUAUGGGAAAAAACAGACAUCAUUUAUUCAUAAUUUAUUACAGUGCAAUAAGUCCCAAUUAUUGUCGUGUAGUCUUCUCCCUGCUGUUAUCAGGUAUGUUUGAGCAAAGUUUUUACCAUUAAAUGAUGCAAAAGGUCUCAGAUGCCUAACAUUUCAGAAAGCCGUAUAUAGGCUGAAGAGUCGUGAGCGACAGUGGAGGGCAGCAUUGAGCAGACUCGGCUAAAAAUGGACAUUUUACAAUAGCUGCAUUUAAAACAUCCAGCUGGUAGAAAUGAGCUCCUUUUUUGGGGGGGGGGGUUCCGUUCCUGUGUUCUCUGCUCCCUUCUUAACGACAUUACCGUCCCGUUUAUGGUUGUUUUGGGGCCGGACUGAAGCGUCGGCGUUAAUUGCCACGUGCCUCGCGGUCUCGCGGACGCGCUCGCCAAGCUGCUGGUUCGUGCCCGCGCGCCGUCCUUGAAGGAUAGAUGGGAUCAUCGCCCGGGACGCCAGGGGAAGGCUGGUGUGAGGUUUCCCCUCUCUGCCCUCAGAUAAACGGAGCCACCAGCCAGGAGGCCGUGCAUCUCGUGGAGAGCCUCUCACCGUUUGCCCAUGCGACAGCCGGCUUUGCAUCGCCUUUUGCUGGCUGUGACCCGGAGACAAAAGGGAUCAAGUAGAAGACCCCGCUGAAGAGAAGACUGAACAUUUGGCUUUCUGUUUGGUCCACCGCAGCCAUGGGGGCCACCGGCUACGGCUACUAUCGGGUGGUCAUCUUCUUGUGCAUGUUCACCGGCUACUCCCUGUAUUUCUUUAACAGAAAGACCUUCUCCUUUGUCAUGCCCUCUGUGAUGGAGGAGAUAAAACUGGACAAAGAUGACCUGGGUCUGAUCACCAGCAGUCAAACCAUGGCGUACGCCAUCAGCAAGUUCAUCAGCGGCGUGCUGUCGGACCAGAUCAGCGCGCGCUGGCUUUUCUCCAUCGGCCUCUUCGUGGUGGGGGCCAUCAACGUGGCCUUCUCCUGGUCCUCCACCGUGCCCCUCUUCGCCCUCCUCUGGUUCCUCAACGGCCUGGGACAGGGCUGCGGCUGGCCCCCGUGCGGGAAGGUGCUACGCAAGUGGUACGAGCCCUCCCAGUUCGGCACCUGGUGGUCAGUGAUGUCCUGCAGCAUGAACCUGGCCGGCAGCCUGGGGCCCCUCCUGGUCACGCUGCUGCUGCAGCACUACCACUGGAGGCUCAUCCUCACCGCGUCGGGCCUCGUCUGUGCCUCCUUCUCCUUCGUCUGCCUGGUCUUUGUGAAGAACGAGCCCACGGACGUCGGGCUGCCCAGCGUGGGGGUGGCAGCCAAGAAGGGGGCGAAGGGAGGAAACGGCGAGAGCACGCUCAGAGAGUUCCUCCUCUCCCCCUUCCUGUGGGUGCUGUCCCUGGGCUACUUGGUGGUGUUUGGGGUGAAGACAGCUGCCACCGACUGGGGACAGCUGUUCCUCAUGCAGGAGAAAGGCCAAACGGCCCUUAUGGGCAGCACCUACAUGAGCGCCCUGGAGGUGGGGGGCUUUGUGGGGAGCCUGGCUUCAGGUUUAAUCUCGGACAGAGCCGUGGCUCGGAAAGGUUUGGGCACUCAUGGCAACCCUCGCCACGCCCUGCUCAUUGUGAUGAUGGCCGGCAUGUACGUGUCCAUGUACCUCUUCAGGGUGACCAUCACGCCAGAGGUCCCACAGGAGGCUCCUCUUUGGGUUCAGGUCCUUCACCCUGUGUCUGUCCUUCUGGGUGUGUCUGAGAAAGAGAUUUGGAUCCUCCUCCUCGGCGCCGUGUUUGGAUUCUCCUCCUAUGGACCGAUUGCCUUGUUUGGGGUGAUAGCGAGCGAAAGCGCUCCCUCCAAUUUCUGCGGGACGUCUCACGCCGUGGUGGCUCUGAUGGCAAACGUGGGGGCUUUCAUGGCAGGCCUUCCCUUCAGCACCAUCGCCAAACAGCACAGCUGGGACACGGCCUUCUGGGUGGCUGAGGUGGUGAUGGGCGUCGCCACCAUCGUCUUCUUCCUCCUGCGCAACAUGCGCACCAAAAUGGGACGGAUCGCUGAGAAAACGGACUAAUGCUCUCGUCCCUGUUGGGGACCACACGGCACACCGGCUGGACUUAAGUUCUAUUAAAGAAAACAUCUCUAAAAGAGGCAAAUCCUGACACAUUUUCUGCCAUGAACUCGUUCGAUGGUCCUCAGGGCGGCUGUAACUAACUCACUUCCUGUUCACACAAAGGUAGCCGUGAAUGUGUAGAUUUAAUCCUCAACAGCACAAACAUCACAAAGUCGCUUCAUUCUAGAUGCCGUUCUCAUCUGGAGACCUUUCAGUGUUUUUCUGGAGAGUAAAAAACACAGAAAUGCAAAGUUGUUGUCUGAUUAACUGCAUCUGUUGCUGAUUCUGCCUUCAGUGGAGGUCAUUAUACAAAUAAAAAUUAAGGAAUGUCACUGGAAUGCCUGUAUAAGGACUCGUGUCAUGGUUCAUUUUUAUGAUAUGAUGAGCUUGCAGAUCCUUUUCCAUUUUUGUACACAAUCUUCAGAGACAAAGCUGAUUUUUCUUUGCUUUGUUACUGACUUUUUUAAACGACAGCAGAAACGUCGCCAUCAUAGAUGUUUACAGCAGGUCAAACUCCGAGUCACUUAUUAAACCUAUUUGAAAAACUUGAUUUGUCGAUUAUAACAACUUCACAACACUGUAGAUGUCAGGAAUAGGUUAUGGUUGUCCUACUGGAAUUGUACAGUGGAUUUGAAAAAUUGAAUAAGAUCCAAUAAAUGAAACAUU